AUGGCGCGAGUUUUGAGAGCGAUUGCGUGUUGCGCACUUCUCGCAGUUGCUGUUAGCGGCGAAUCGAAAAGCGGCGACGAGACGCCGCAAUAUUGGCGCGCGAUUCUCGGCGACAUUUGCCAAUUGCCGUCGUUCCCGCGCGCCACCGGCGAUCCGACGCGCUACGUCGAAUGCGUUCGACAGAGCUCGUUCGCCGCCGACAGAAAAGAUCUCGGCAUUUGGCUUCUACGCGAAUGCCUUCCCGGCUAUGAGUUUGUCGCGUCGGCGCGUCGCUGCAAAACGGUUCGGUCCGUCAACAAGCAACAGGAGCUGUGCGAGUCGGCGAACGCCACCGACUACAAUUUCUGCCCGCCAAAAUCAUCGAUGCAAUUCAUGAUCGAUGAGAUCCGCGAGGCGCCGCGACAAUGCGCGUGUCCGAACGGCGAACAGAAUUGCGUGUGCCCGUCGCCGGAGAUUCUCGAGCCGACGCUCAACUCGCCGAAGGUUCGACGAUCGGCCGCCCCACUCCGCUUCUCGCAAUACCCGCAAUGCCCGUGCCCGCAGAGCCAGCCGGCGUGCACGUGCGCCACAACCGGCCAGCAGAACGAGCAGAUCCUCGUCUCGAUCACGUGCUGCCAACAGGCCGUCCAGCAGGAGCCGCAGCAGCAGCAGCCGUGCCAGUGCACACCGAGCCAGAUUCAGCAGAAUUGCCAAACGACGACGACCCAACAGCAAUACUGUCCGCAACAAUCGGCGCCCGUCGUUCAACCGCAACCGUGUCCGCUCGUGCAGGGCUCCGGUGUGCAGAACGCGCAAUACCAGGGCAUCUGCUCGUGGAUGGUCGAUCCGCUCGCCGUCGAUCCGCAAUCGCGCACCCACUACCUCCAAUGUCAGCCGGCGCCCAACAAUUUGUUCUGCGGCCGCUGGCAGCGGAUGCCGUGCGCGCCCGGCACCGCGUUCGACGUCCAAUCGCAAGUGUGCGUGUGGGACACGCAGAGCACACCGGCGACGCUGCCGACGCCGGCGCCGUACGUCUCGACGCAGGCGCCGCAGAACGCGCAGUGCGCGUGCACCGGCGGCGUUCAAAUCGGCUCGUGCAACCAGAACUAUCAAUGCCCCGGCCAGUCCGUCUGCCAGGUCGGACAAAACGCCGGCCAGCAAUGCAUGGUGUGCUGCUAUUUCCGCAAGAAGGCACGCCGUCUCUAA